UUGUACACAAAGGGAGUGUGAUUGUGCGCGCGGUGGAGAUGGGGAAAGCAGCUACGGAGCAGCUGGAUCGAGUUCUGAUUGAGCAUCUCAAUACCGCACGCGAAACUUUUCAGAUGUUGGAUCAAACGCCUGCCUCUUCCCUUGAGAAAGUGAGCUGGAAAGAGGUCAUUCAGAUUGGUGAACAAGUCUCCAAACAAGCUACUAUGGUUGGAAUGCUGUAUACUGGAGAAACUCCUGAAAUUAAAGUCCUUGAAGAUAAUAUGGCAGCAUACUUCAAUACUUUACAAGGCUUCCUGUUACUCUCCCAUGGAAGUUCAGUCGGCGCAGGUCCCACUCUCUUGUCGUGCAUUCAUGGAUCUGUAAAGCAAGUCGUUGACAGCAGUUUCAUGCUAUUACAGGGAGCUGUGUCCUCCUAUGGGUCAUCAUCAAAUAAAACCCAGAAACUCACGAUCCCACAGCUCGUAGGCGCAGUAUGGAACGCUUGCUCUGCCCUGAAGAAGACUCCAGUCACUAACGUUACAGCUAUUGGACGAGCAAUGAAACAAGCCGCAGUUUCAAUGAAGGAUGUGCUUCGCGAGAUGAAGGAACUGAAGCCAGCAUCAUCUGAUUCAGCGGACGAAGCUUCUAUUCAUGACUCUACAAAAGGCGAAGGCAAAUCCAUCUCUGAUGAUGAUGAUGAUGAUUCCUUUGACGAAGAGUUGGGCAACGACUUGUCUCCUGAAGAGAUGAAAAUCGUGCAUUUGACAACCAGCAUUGUGUCUGAAACUCUCGCGGUAGUUAAGGAACUAAUUCGAUACAUCACUGUAUUACUUCAGCAGGAAAGUGCAGGUGAUGGCGCCAUCUCAGUAGAUUCUCUAGAGAAACUGCUGAAGCUAUGCCAAGAAACUGGAGUACAGAUUGAUGAGCUCGGAGCAUGCCUUUACCCGCCACAAGAAAUCUCUGAUAUCAAGGUGGCUCUUGAGAAGAUCUCGCGCUUCAGCAAUGAAACUGAGACGGAGCUUCGGAACCUUAAAGGCUUUACAGAAGACUUCGGUAAAGCUUGCACCAGUUUGAGAAGCUCAUUGAGACUAUUGGGAACUGAAAUAGGUUGUUCUAACGUUGGUGAUCUUGUCCCAAAAUUGGAGAAUCUUGUCGUGAGCAGCUAAUCAAUUCGAUUACAUUAUCAACCUACGUGUAAGUAUCCAUACUCUAUUAGAAAAUACUUUUGGUUAUAAUAUGAAAUCGUGUUCUCUGCUUUAUUAAAAACAGCAGAAAACCCAUUUUUGUCUAGUAGUCUAUGAUGAAGCCGGUGAUUCCAUCUAAGAUAUUCACAAAAGCUACAGAACCUAGGGGAACAGCUUGGUAUUUGAGUCCCCGUCUUCAGUCUAAAUAUCAGAAUUGUAUUACAAAACUCUAAGCUGUCCUAGUCAUAUUUCAUGAAUAUAAACAAAUAUUUUCUUAGUUUGA